CAAGGGUCGCUGUGCAUGGAGCUUAUUCUCUCUUCCUCUACAAAACCCCCUUCUUCACUCUUUGCUUCCCCAUAUUUCUCUCUUGCUCUCUCUCUCUCUUUUCUCCGCCAUUGCUCUCUUCUUUCUGUUUCGACCUCACUCCUUCCUGCUUCGCCAUUGCUCUGUUUCUGUUCUCUCUGUUUUGACCUUUUUUUUUUUUUCUGAUCAUGAUCAAACUUUCAGAACCCAAGUACUUCUUCUCUGAAACUGAAAGUACCAGCAACUCGACAUCUUCCACUCCAUCUUCACCAUCUUCAUCCGGGUUCUCUUCGCAAUCUCACCAAACUUCCCCCUCUCACUUGUUGACUCACUCCAAACCCGGUAAACGACCAGCUAAGAGACCAAGAUCAGCGGCAUGUGAUGCCACCAGCUCGUCAGGGAGCAAACACCCGGUUUACAGAGGAGUACGAAUGCGGAGUUGGGGCAAAUGGGUAUCCGAAAUUCGUGAGCCAAGGAAAAAAUCUCGCAUUUGGCUUGGAACUUUUCCCACCCCUGAAAUGGCAGCCAGAGCUCACGAUGUUGCAGCUUUAAGCAUUAAAGGCAACUCCGCCGUGCUGAAUUUUCCUCAACUUGUCGAGUUUUUGCCUCGCCCAUUGUCGCUUCUGCCACGUGACAUUCAAUCUGCAGCUACAGAAGCUGCUUCAAUGAUAAAAUUUGAUUCUUUAUCAUCAUCAUCACAGUCGCCAUCACCGUCACAGCCACCGUCGUCAUCAGCCGACGUGUCGGCGGAAUCAGAGGAGCUGGGAGAGAUUGUGGAGCUACCAAACAUUGAAGGGAGUAGCUUUGACGUGAUCUCAAUUGACUUGUUUGAAGGGUGGGUGUAUCCGCCGGAAGAGUUUUCAGAGCAAAUAUUCGGAGCAGAGUACCCGAUCGUGGGCAACCUUGAAGCUUGUCCUUCAGUUUGGGAUAAUUAAUUUUGCAAAAUUGGACAAAAUGAAGAAAAGUAGUGCAUUGGAAGUUUUGGAAGGUGAGAAUCAAACGGAAUAUGCCAAAAAAAUAUUGCCGUUGCAAGAAUGUUGACAACAUGUUCGACAAAUUGCAGAAGUGAGAGAUACACAACGUCUCCAUUUAUUUUUUCAACUGCUCAAAUAUUUGACUGUAAAUUGGCUCAAUUUUGUUAUAAUUACUCACGGCAAUAUUUUUCUUACCUAACGGACAGUUUAUCCC